AUGAGCUCUAUCAAUGGACUUGACGCUAAAAUCCUAUCAGCUAAAUCAGUGAUCAAAGAAGCCUUCGAAAGAUAUUCAGAUAAGCUUUCAUUUUGUUAUAACGGUGGAAAAGAUUCUGUUGUGCUUCUCGAUCUCGUAAUGAACGUCGUGAAAGAAAAUAAUUACACUAUCAAACCAUUUUACCUCGAAGUUGGCGACGAAUUUGAUGAAAUUUUAGAUUUUAUAAAUUAUUCAGAAAAGUACUGGGGUUUCAAACUGAUGCGCAUAAAAGCUACAAAUCUUAAGGAAGGGUUAGAAAAAUUAAUUAAUACUUAUCAAAUUAAUUCAGUAUUUUUGGGUGUACGAGCAGAUGAUUAUCCAAAUAUUAAAAUGAAACCUUUUGAGCCUACAAACAACGGAUGGCCAGAAGCAGAGCGUAUUAUGCCUAUACUUGAUUGGACAUAUAAUGAUAUUUGGGAAUAUAUUGAUAAAUUUAACUUGCCAUUCUGCAGUUUAUACAAUCUUGGAUAUACAUCAAUUGGACCAAAAUCAAAAACACAUCCAAAUCCCCUUCUCAAAGAUCCUGCAACAGGCGAAUAUCUUCAUGCAAGAAAUCUUAGAAACCUCAAGAGCGAACGACUUGGUCGUGCUCAUAACAAUACUUCAUAA